GUUAUUUGUUGCAGCUUAAGUGAUCUUGAAUGUGCUUUUUAUUUGAUUUUUUCCAGUGCAUUGCAUCUACAACCCUAGAUGAGUAUAGGACACAUUUUGAAAAGGAUAAAGCUCUGGCACGUCGAUUCCAACCUGUUCUUAUAAAUGAACCAAGCCAGGAGGAUGCUGUGAGGAUUUUGAUGGGCCUUCGUGAGAAGUAUGAAAACCAUCAUAGAUGUCUAUUCACCUUAGAAGCCAUUAACGCAGCUGUAUACCUCUCAGCUAGAUAUAUACCUGAUAGGCAUCUUCCUGACAAAGCCAUAGAUUUACUAGACGAAGCUGGCAGUAGGGCCCGAAUGAAUGCAUUUAAGAGAAAGAAGGAAGAACAAUCUUCCAUACUGUCCAAGUCACCUGAUGAUUAUUGGCAGGAAAUAAGAGCUGUACAGGCGAUGCACCAAGUGGUGCUGGAAAAUAAGCUGAAAUAUACCGCUAGUAGGAACAGCUCAAAUGGUCAUGACUUGAUGGGAGGCAUCUCGGAGUCACCUGCUCCUUCAGUGUCAGAAGAAGAGCCUGUCAUUGUUGGACCUGAAGAAAUUGCGACGGUUGCCUCGUUGUGGUCGGGCAUUCCUGUUAAGCAGCUCACUGCAGAUGAAAUGAAGCUUCUAGUGGGUCUUGAUGAGGAACUAAGAAAACGUGUUAUUGGCCAAGAUGAUGCUGUCAAUGCAAUCUCUAGAGCUGUAAAGAGAUCGCGUGUUGGUCUCAAGGAUCCUAAUAGACCAAUUGCUGCUAUGCUUUUCUGUGGGCCAACCGGUGUUGGUAAAACAGAGCUUACAAAAGCCUUAGCAGCUACUUAUUUCGGAUCGGUAAGAAAUCCACCUCAUAUCUUGGUUUUCUAUAUUCCUAAUGUGUUUGGCACUAUUAAAUGUUUUCAUUGCGACAUGAACAGAGAAAUAAUAAAUAAGUGGUCAUUAAAAUUAAUGGAAUUUUACAUACAUAACACCUAAAACUAUUGAAAAUAC